GAAGGCUUGGCUUUACUGCCCCAACCUUUUUGCUUCUCUGCCCCCAUCCUGGCUGCCACUGGCUGUGCAGGCCAGGCGCUGACCUGGCCAGGCAGAAACUGAUGCUGGCACCACCUCCCAAAAGGCUGUUUGUCAUUACCCAUCUCUCAAGAAACCAGAGGCUUCCAAAAGCCGGUAUUUGUCAUACUCUGUGCUUACCAACUACUGGAGGAUUAAAUGCUUGGGGGUGAGGGAGAGAGUUCAGAUACCUGGGAAAAAGAACUCUCUUCCACAGUGUGGCCACUUGCCCAUCCAUGUGUACCAGCAGAAAAGAGCUCCUUGGCUAUGCUUUUGUUCCCCUGCUGUCCUGGGAGGUUGUGAGGGGCAGGCUGAGGAGAGAGGAGUGAAGUUGGGCCGACUGCAGACAGCUCCUCCUGUUCAGCCUGCAAAUUUGUCUUUUACAGAAUCCAGGUUCUCCCUUCCCUCAAAGCUGCUACUCCUUCCUUUGAACGUUUCAACUCCCGGAGGCCUUUUUUCCUUCCUCGCUCGUUCCCCAGUUUUCUCUGCCGCAAUUAAAACUAGGAUGGAAAGCAUUAGCUGGCUGGCCCCAGUUAUUGUACUUUUGCCCAAGGGGAGGGGCUUCCGCCGUGGCCCCUCCAGAAAUCUGGCUGUCUGGGCCUCCACCUUUCCCCUACUUCACUCUCGGCUCCCACCCCGCUGGGGUUGCUGCUGCUCCUGGCGGCUGGAGGGAGGGCAUAGCUCCGGCUUUCGUGCGGGGACUUGGAGCACCAUGUGGGCAAGGGGCCGAGUUCUUCAGUCUCUUUUGGGAGAGCAGUGCCACCCUCCUGUCACGGGUGAAAACGGGAAGAAAGGGAAAGAUGGACUUGGAUCCUAGUGCCCUGGCUCUCUGGCCGGGGGUCCAAAGUCCAGCCAGAUGUCUAGACCUCCCUUGAGGAGAAAACCUAAAACGGCCCCGAUCCUGGGAUUAAGAGAAGGCGUGAGCACCGCCCAGGACCUGGUAGGGUGCGGGCUGCGAGUCGUCCGGGAGGGAGCGCGCCUAGGGCGGAGCGUAGCUGUGGGGAGGGCCGGGCGUGCGGGGCCGCCCCCCACUAGUACUCCUCCCGGGCCUCUGCUCUCCGCCCGUGGGGAGGGAGGUGGGGGGCUGGGUGGGAAGAGGCGAGUGCCAGCGCGCGCGCUCCCGGGAAGGAGAGGUCUAAGCACUAGAACCAGCGGCCCCAGGUUUUCAGAAGGGAGUAUCUGGGCAGUCUGCGAGCGGCUGGGGCCAGACGGGGCCGAGUCGAGGAAGCGGGCACGAUGGCCGCCCUCCUGCUGCUACCCCUGCUGCUGCUGCCGCUGCUGCUGCUGAAGCUGCGCCUAUGGCCGCAGUUGCGCUGGCUCGCGGCAGACUUGGCCUUCUCGGUGCGCGCCCUACGCUGCAAACGGGCCCUUCGAGCGCGCGCCCUGGCCGCGGCUGCCGCAGACCCGGAAGGUCCAGAGGGGGGCUGCAGCCUGGCCUGGCGCCUCGCGCAGCUGGCCCGGCAGCGCCCCGCGCACACCUUUCUCAUUCACGGCGCGCAACGCUUUAGCUACGCGGAGGCUGAGCGCCAGAGCAACCGGGCUGCGCGCGCCUUCUUGCGCGCGCGAGGCUGGGACGGGGGGCCCGGCGGCGGCGACAGCGGCGCGGGGGGCGCCGGGGAAGGCGAGCGGGCGGUGCACGGCGUACGAGACUCGGCGGCCGGAAGCGGAGCUGCGCGGCCCGUGCGGGAAGGGGAUGGCGCGGCCCCUCUGGCACCUGGGGCCAUCGUGGCGCUGUUGCUCCCCGCCUGCCCAGAGUUCCUGUGGCUCUGGUUCGGGCUGGCCAAGGCCGGCCUGCGUGUGGCCUUUGUGCCCACCGCUCUGCGCCGGGGUCCCCUACUGCACUGUCUCCGCAGCUGCGGCGCUCGCGCGCUCGUGCUGGCGCCAGAGUUCCUGGAGUCCCUGGAGCCUGACCUGCCAGCCCUGAGAGCCAUGGGGCUCCACCUGUGGGCUGCAGGCUCUGAAACCCAUCCUGCUGGAAUCACCGAUUUUCUGGCUGAGGCCUCCGCUGAAGUGGAUGGGCCAGUGCCCGGGUACCUGUCUGCCCCCCAGAACAUAAUGGACACGUGCCUGUAUAUCUUCACCUCUGGCACCACAGGCCUCCCCAAGGCUGCUCGGAUCAGUCAUCUGAAGGUCCUGCAAUGCCAAGGAUUCUACCAGCUGUGCGGCGCCCACCAGGAGGAUGUGAUCUACCUUGCCCUCCCACUCUACCACAUGUCUGGCUCCCUGUUGGGCAUCGUGGGAUGCUUGGGCAUUGGGGCCACAGUGGUGCUGAAGUCCAAGUUCUCAGCUGGUCAGUUCUGGGAGGACUGCCAGCAGCACGGGGUGACGGUGUUCCAGUACAUCGGGGAAUUAUGCCGAUACCUUGUGAACCAGCCGCCGAGCAAGGCAGAACAUGGACAUAAGGUCCGGCUGGUGGUGGGCAGCGGGCUGCGACCAGACACCUGGGAGCGCUUUGUGAGGCGCUUCGGGCCACUGCAGGUGCUGGAGACGUAUGGACUGACAGAGGGCAACGUGGCCACUUUCAACUACACAGGACAGCGGGGUGCUGUGGGGCGCGCCUCCUGGCUUUACAAGCAUGUCUUCCCCUUCUCUUUGAUUCGCUAUGAUGUCACCACAGGGGAGCCGAUUCGGAACACCCAGGGGCUCUGUGUGGCCACAUCUCCAGGUGAGCCAGGGCUGCUGGUGGCCCCCGUGAACCAGCAGUCACCAUUCCUGGGCUAUGCUGGGGGGCCAGAGCUGGCCCGGGGAAAGCUGCUGAAGGAUGUCUUCCAGCCUGGGGAUGUUUUCUUCAACACUGGGGACCUGUUGGUCUGCGACGACCAAGGCUUUCUUCGCUUCCACGAUCGUACUGGAGACACCUUCAGGUGGAAGGGGGAGAAUGUGGCCACGACCGAGGUGGCUGAGGCCUUGGAGGCCCUGGAUUUUCUUCAGGAGGUGAACGUCUACGGAGUCACUGUGCCAGGGCACGAAGGCAGGGCUGGGAUGGCAGCCCUGGUUCUGCGUCCCCCCCACUCUUUGGACCUUGUGCAGCUCUACGUCCGUGUUUCCGAGAACUUGCCACCUUAUGCCCGGCCUCGAUUCCUAAGGCUUCAGGAGUCACUGGCCACCACAGAGACCUUCAAGCAGCAGAAGGUUCGGAUGGCAAAGGAGGGCUUUGACCCAAGCGCACUGUCCGACCCCCUCUACAUUCUGGACCAGGCUGGGGGCGCCUACCUGCCCCUCACACCUGCCCGGUACAGUGCCCUCCUGGCCGGGGACCUUCGCAUCUGAGAGCCUCCACACCAGUGUGCCUGAGGGAGGGACUUUGUGGGGUGGGGUUAUUGCAGGUGUAUCAGCCGCCGUCAGGGAUCUCUUCUAUACCAGGUUUGUAAUCUUUAUUUUGUAAUAAAUGUGGCCAGAGCCCUUCUGGCUCUGUCUUUCUCAUCUA